UCAGGUCUGCAAGGCAGCGGGGCGCAACGCAUCACAACACGUCCGGUUCGGUUCGGUGCUGCCCCCCGCUCUCCUCCCCUCUUACCGUUCCUGCUCAUGGCUGCUCCGCUCCUUCCUGGCUCCUCCGGAUGAUGUAGCGUCGCGUCGUGACAUCAUCAGGCUGCGCCGGAAGCAGCUGCUGACUGGGAGCGGCGGGAUGAGCGCGGAGGACGAGCUGAGCCUGUUGGUCAUCGUCAUCGACACCAACCCCAUCUGGUGGGGCAAGAAGGCGCUGGGAGAGGCCGAGUUCACCCUCUCCAAAUGCAUCGAUGCAGCCAUGGUGAUGGGGAACUCACACCUCAUCAUGAACAGAACCAACAGGCUGGCUGUGAUAGCAAGUCACACACAGGAAAGCCGUUUCCUGUACCCUGGGAAGCGUUGGAGCUCUGCAGAUCUCCUUGCAGAUGGUGGUGGCUCCAUGGAAUCCAAUUGCUCUGGCAGCAAGGAUGGGAAAUAUGAGUUAUUAACAGCAAUAAAUGAAGCAAUAGCAGAAGAGGUUAAAGACCUCAUGACAAAAACUGAAAUGAAGGGCCAGCAAACAGAGACUCUGCUAGCAGGAUCACUUGCUAAAGCACUUUGCUAUAUCAACAAGAUGAGCAAAGAGGUAAAAGCUAAUGAAGAAAUGAAAUCAAGGAUUUUGGUCAUAAAAGCAGCAGAAGACAGUGCAUUGCAGUAUAUGAACUUCAUGAAUGUCAUCUUUGCAGCACAGAAACAGAGUAUUUUGAUUGAUGCCUGUGUCUUGGACUCUGACUCAGGUCUUCUACAACAGGCUUGUGACAUUACAGGUGGCAUAUACUUGAAAGUGCCCCACAUGCCCUCCCUUCUGCAGUAUUUGUUGUGGGUGUUUCUCCCUGAUCAAGAGCAGAGAUCUCAGCUUGUCCUUCCACCUCCAGUUCAUGUUGACUACAGAGCUGCCUGCUUCUGUCAUAGAAAUCUGAUUGAAAUUGGUUAUGUGUGCUCUGUGUGCUUGUCAAUAUUCUGCAACUUCAGUCCUAUUUGUAGUACCUGCGAGACUGCUUUCAAAAUAUCAUUGCCACCUGUCAUGAAAGCCAAGAAGAAGAAAUUGAAGUUAGCUGUGUAACAGUAUCAUGUAAAUAGAUACUUACCUCCUCCAGUAAUUCCACCAGAUGGGGUAUAGUAAGAAAUUAAUGGCACUUUUUUAUUAGAUAUGAAAGAGAACUGUAUGCAGGGUUACUAUUUGUUUGAUAUGUUUUCUACACAGCUCUUUAAGUAAGGAAUCACUGUAUUAUUGUGUAACCUGUGCUGUUUUAAAGACCAAUUCUGUUGAGAGGCAGCCUGGUGAAGUAGAGGUUACUGCAAAGUUCCACAUCCAAGUUAUUUGCAAAGACAAGAAAGCUCUCAUUCCAUUUGUAUGUUGGUGUAAAGGUAAGAAUGACUAUUUCUGGUUUGUAGGAUCAGAAAAAUUAGCACUGUGUUAUUCAGAAACUUCCUGCUAGCUUUUGCUAGCAAUUUUUGGACUGACUCAGCAUCUCUUUCAAAAUAAACAAGCCAACAUUUUUCAAGAUGGCUUUGAGCCCUUUAAAUUAUUUUUUUUUUUAAGAUGCUAAUUCCCCUGUGCAUUGACUGUCUUUGUGGUAUUUCUUUCUCAACUGAAUACCUUCACUUUGAAUAAAAAGGCCCCAUUUGGUAUAAAAUAACUUCAGUAAAUGCAAACUAGCUUGUUAGUCUUUAAGGUUGUAUUUUGAGACUGGUAAACAAAUAAAUACAUAAUUCUGUGUAAUAGGGCAGCAGGCACACUAUUUUUUUUUAGUGUGUGGUUUCUACAUCUGGCAUUUGACAAAGGGGGAAGGCUUUUGGACUGUGGUUUUGUUUCUGAAGAUGAGGGAAUGCUGUGUGUGCGUCAAGUGACAAGCAAGAAAGUCAUCUGCCCCUUUUAAAAGGAGACUUUAAUUUGUUGCUUUUACUGGAAAGAAUACAGUACUUGUUACCUACAUACAAUUUUUUUUAUUAUUAUUCAUAGAAUCAUAGAAUCAUUCCUCAGGGUGUAUACAAGGAUUUGCCAUGUCACCACAUCAGGUUUUGGUCAAUAUGUUUCUCACUGCCCAUGUUGUUUGUGGGCUGUAUUUAUACUUUGUAUACAGCAUUUGUAAUAAAACCUGUUCCUUUU